GCGAAGUCUUUCUCACGGACUCGGCGAUCGCGAAUACUCUACGAUUCCUUCUACGCGACGAACACGACAUCCUCUCGCGCCUCUCUCCCACGACCUCGAAAGAGCUCCGUUCGGCACGAGACCUCCAAUCCGCCAAUGUCCCCUCUUCCACUAUGGCCUCUCCGGUGACAGCAGAACGGCAGCAACAGCCCAGAUCUCCCACUAAUGGGCACCGAUCUCCUAAACGAAAAGCUUCCGAAGCAGCGUCAGCUACGACCGCAACCACCGCAACGACCGCAACGACAGCUCCUACGACCUCGACAGCAACGACGACAAGCACAGAAGAUGCCGAAGCCAACAAAAAGAAGCGGAGAAAAGUCAAUCAUGCCUGCGUCUACUGCCGGCGAUCGCAUAUGACAUGUGAUCUACAAAGACCUUGCGCGAGAUGUGUCAAGAGGGAUAUUGGACAUUUGUGUCAUGAUGAGCCGAGGGAUCCGCCGAGGAGAUCAAAGAGUGAUGUUGGUGGUGGGGUGGAGUUGGCGCCUGCGCCUGUGACGUCGGUGCCCGCGGAGGGGAGUGAAAGCAAUGGAGGGCUGGCAAUGGGAAAUGGCAAUGGGACCGCGCAGUACGGACAGGGCGGUGGAGAUAUCAGCGUGAGCGUUCUCAACGGCGAAGGUUCAACAGCAGGAGAAGCACCACGUCCGCAAACCGCCCAGCUAAAAUUCGCAUCCCCGCCCGCCAUCCAACGACCCGUUCCUCAAGGCGGCAACUCCACCGACGCAGGAGGCUUCCUCCAAAACUACGACUGGAACAACAGUGGCGUUGUCAACCAGUUCCAGGACAUGCACCAUCUGCAUCCGAAUUACAUGUUCAAUACAUCCGAGGCGACGAAUGAGUAUAACUUACUCAACGACUUCCUCAGUAAUUCCCUGAUCGACGAUGGAGGCGUGUACCAGAAUCCGGAUGACGCGCAGGCCUUAUUCGACGAUCCCUUACUCCUCACCUCCUCCCUCUCCGCACUGACGAACCCCAACAUCUCCACUGAAACCCUCACCCAACCCACCACCCUCCCACCCCCCGCCCCCACCAACCUACCUCCCACGACAACCGCCCCCUCCACCUCAGCAGCCCAAGAAAUCUCCCGCCCCCCCUCGACCUUCCCCAUCGACCCCAACGCCCGCGACAAAUUCUACAUGACAGCCGCCGACCCCGCCGGCCUCUCCUCCGCCGAAGACCGCCUGCACAAACUCCUCCGCGCCAAAUACGACGCCGGAAUGCUCAAACCCUUCAACUACGUCCGCGGCUACGCUCGCUUGUCAACCUACAUGUCCGCGCACCUCACCCGGGACUCCGCGCUGCGCAUCCUCCGUCAACUCGAACGGUUUCGUCCGAAAUUCCGCGAGGCGAUGCAGAGUUUGACUGACAUGCAAUUGGUUUUGGUGGAGAUGUGGUUCGAAAGGAGUUUGAUGGACUACGAUCGAGUAUUUGCGAGCAUGGCGAUUCCAGCGUGUUGUUGGAGACGCACAGGGGAGAUUUUUCGCGGGAACACGGAAAUGGCGGAGUUGGUCCGCGUUCCGCUGGGGAAGCUGAGGGAUGGGAAAGUCGCGAUUCAUGAGAUUAUCGCGGAGGAGAGUUUGGUGAGUUAUUGGGAGAAAUUCGGGGCGAUUGCGUUUGAUGGGACGCAGAAGGCGAUUUUGACGAGUUGUAGUUUGAUGAGGAGGAGGGAUGGGAAAGAGGAGGGGGAUGGUGGGGAGGAGGAGAUGGAGGUGUUGAAGUGUUGUUUUUCGUUCACGAUUCGAAGGGAUUCGCAUAAUAUGUGA